AUGAAACGGAAGGCACGGCACCUACCAGCAUUUGCCAUAGAGAGAAUCCCUGGACCGAUGUGUUUCAGCUCGAAGUUCUCGUCGUUGAAAGAUGGCACGGGGGAUGUGUCUGCGCCGG